AUGGUAUAUUUAGCAACCGGAGAUUCAAUGAAAACUAUUUCGUUCAGCUAUCGUUUAGGUCUUUCUACUGUAUACCAAAUCAUCAUAGAAGUAUGUUAUGCAAUUAUUGAAAUUGUUAUGCCAGAAGUUAUGCCUGUUCCAACUGAACAAAAGUGGAAAGAAAUCGCAUYAGAGUUUURGACUUGCUGGAACUUCCCCAAUUGUUUAGGUGCUAUCRAUGGCAAACAUGUUACAAUUCAAGCUCCUCCUAAUAGUGGAUCACAAUAUUUUUAUGUGGGAAGUUUUGGUAAAAAUAGUGAUGGAGGCAUCAUGGCCCAUUCAAAAUUAGGGAAAGCUCUUGAUCAAAAUAAACUGAAUGUACCACCAAAAGAAGCGUUGUYAGGAACUACAAAUGAUGUACCGUACGUUAUUGUAGGCGAUGAAGCCUUCCCAUUAAAAACGUAUUUAUUGAGACCCUAUCCCGGAAAACAGCUAGAUUGUAAUGAAAAAAGAGUAUACAACUAUCGUCUAUGCCGGGCAAGACGAGUUGUGGAAAAUGCAUUUGGUCUAUUAUCACAAAAGCUUAAAAUAUAUAAGAUACACAGACACAGAGCUCCUUGA